UUCUACAAAAGCAUGUGAAUGUUGCAAUGAAACAUCAACGGCAUUUACAGAGGACCCAUCAAAGGCAUCAGGAAUUUACUACGGUCAAAAAAGAAACGGUAUUCAGAUAUCUAAAGACGGGGGGUUUCUGCGCCGUCACGUGACGCCAGAGCGACUAGAUUGUCAAGCUUUGUACGAGGAAGGUUUUAUGACGGGCGGUGUGUACGCAAUACGGCCGCCGGGAGGGGAUGUCACGGACACGUGGUGUGAUAUGGAGGACGGUGGAUGGACGGUCAUCUCCUUGCGGCGAGACGGGUCUGAGGAUUUUAACCGUGGAUGGGAGCAAUAUGUUGCUGGCUUUGGAAACAGAACAGUGUUGGCUACUUUCCUGAUCGUCACUGUAUCCUCUCUUAGUACGGGUCCGCCGUGCGCAGAUAUUGACCAAUCAGGAUGCAUCGGAAAUCCGAAUUUGUGCGCCGAUCCCCUUCUUUCGCAAACCGUUUGUCCACGCACGUGUAAUAAAUGUCCGGUUUACUGUUUCCACUGUAAUGCAACAGUCGCAGAUUACACGCACUGUAAGAAUAUUGUAGCCUGUCCUCACAGUCAGGUCUGCAUGCUGAAGCGUCAUGUGUCUUACGUCGAUGGAAACCAGGAUUACAUC